AUGGCAGCAUAUGACGGAGCUAGAAAUCCAAGGGAGCAUGUCUUGAUGGAGUUGCAGACCUUAUCGGAUGCCUUGAUGUGCAAGGUAUUCCCUACAACGCUCACGGGGCCAGCACGGGCGUGGUUCAACAGCCUAGAAGCUGGAAGUAUCAGGAGUUUUAGAGAUUUGGCCAACAUCUUCAUCAGUCGGUUCAUAGCUGGAGUGCCAGCUGACAGGAAAACCAGUUACUCGGAAACAGUCAAACAGAGGAGGAACGAAUCGUUGAGGGAAUAUGUAGCCCGUUUCAAUACGGAGGCCCUGCAGAUCCCCGAUCUGGAUGAAGGCAGAGCAGUAGAAGCCAUGCAAAAGGGGACGACCUCCCGAGAGUUCUUCAGUUCGUUGAGUAGGAAGUUCCCUACCUCACUGGCAGAACUGAUGAAGAGGGCAGAGAAGUACAUAAGGCAGGAUGAUGCCUUGAUGACGAGCAGAUUCGCCAAAGAGGCAGCAGACAAGGGAAAAGCUCCAGAGGAAAGGAGGCCGGAAAGGCAAGAAAAGAGGCAAAACAAGCAGUAUACCUAG